CGUGUGACAUACAAAGAAUUAUAACUAAACUCGAGACGUACGGCACAGCAAUGAAGCUCAAGAUAAUAUUCUUCUGGUGCAUGUUUGUGUACGACAAGCUCGUCUCAGCCGACACCAUGGAGAGGUUGUCAGGCCGCAAGCUCCCUCAGAACUCCGUCGUGUCGUCGCGUCCGGUCAAAAGUGUCUGUGAAUGUAAGAAUAGUUGUUUCGAUGACCUGGACUGUCGUGGGUGCGAGAGCGAGCCUCUUCCUAACGGUCGUCAGAUGUGUCACUUCACCAACACCAACUUCACCAAGUCUGACUUCAGCACCUCAAACGGCUCGGUCUCCUUCAUUAAGCAUGGUCUGUGCGACCCACCCUAUUUUCCUUUGGAUGGCGUGGGUUGCAUCUUCGUGUCGUCUGAACCGUUGCUCUUUCAUGAAGCUGUCAUCAGCGGCUGCCCUCCAGGCUUCAGGCUCUUCACUCCCUCGGACGACCAACAGUACUGGGCAGCAACGAAGUAUCUCUUGGAAAAGUAUCUUCAGCCCCGUGAUGACGGAAAGUGCGGACCGAACUUCCCGCUUGCGGACGGCACUCCGGCGGCCUGCAACCGAACCGGGCCUGGGCCUGCGAUGUGUUGCCGCUCUAAUGGAACAUGUACUAACGAAACGUUGUGCACCGCGCCCGGAAGUGUCGAUUACAGAGCUUUGACUAAAUCAAUGUGGACGAGCUUGACGAUGGUUGGUUCUGAAUGGAAGUUCGACAACGGCCGAGUGAUUCCGAAUGCUACCGGAUCAAGCUACUGGGGACCUUACGAUCCGAAAAGCGGUACAGCAAUUCAAUGCGCCGCCAUGUGGUAUGCCCCCGGCAGAGACACGCUCUACCAUCUUGCCAACGCCGACUGCAACAGCUACAAGGCUCCGUCCUUCUGCCACCGACGAAUCUGAAUUUUUAUAACACUUCUCUUUAACUUCACUUCAUGUUUGUUUGUUUGUUUGUCUGCUACAAAUCGUAUAAUCGAUAUUUACCUCACUUACAGUAUACCUCUCCUAUCAAUCUGAUAUUUCGCACAUUUGCGUAAAGUUGGAUACAAUGCAUGGAUCA